AUGCAAAGACUUGUCACCUCGUCCCCUCUCAACGACCCCCUCGUCAGAAUAUAUUGGGAGUUUAGCGAGCGGCAGAUAGACGCACUAGCAAGUCCAAUGUUGCCAUGUCUGUCUACCCACCUGACCGACUCUCCAAGUGUCCGUCCGUCGCCUAGCAGCCUAGUAUUUUCGGCGCCAGACCUGUCUUCUGUCCGCGGUCCACUCAACACACACACACACACACACACACACGUACAAACAGACACAUACAACUACAUUCACAUGCAGGCUGUGCACAUUUAUAGCUUUGCGUCAGACGUGUGGAGGGCCAACGAGCAGACACAAAGAGGACACACUCGACCGGCACAUUCACGCACAACUGCACACGUCAUUUGGUAUGGGUCGGCCAGAAAGAUGGCCUCUGACUGGAUACCGGGUCCUGGCGAAGUAGGCCAGCCAGGCGGUGUGGAGACUAGCCAAUAUUACCCGGAACCCACAGCAUUGGGUUGA